AUGUUAUCCAACAAACGCCAUUCUAUCUGGGAACCCGGUGUAACUGAUCCUGCAGAUUUCACUCCUCCGUCCAUAGCUGUUGCGCGGCUGCCUGGAGUACUACGCGACAACACGUCUGGGACCACAUCGGCAUUAUCAGGACAACUGUUCAGGCCUUAUCGGGAAAUCACGUGAUCAGGAUCGUUCACCUGAGCGUAGCAUCUUCCAUCUUCCAACUCUUGCUGUCAUUGUCCAAGGUUCAGACCGACGUCAGCGCGGUCCAUAAAAAGGACCGCUAGCAAGGAUGGCUUCCUCUCACUUCCCUCCUCACUACCGUGCUUCACAUGGUGUUCCGCCUCCUGGGUUUUUACCUUCUGCUCUCCCAUCCCAGACUCACUGACCUGCGAGUACCGUUGCACUCGCCGGAAAAUACUGAAGGAAUCAAAACCGCCACUACAUUUCAUCGUUUAUCAUCGCUGUCCCAUAAAGUCUUGUUUACACCCACAUCUGUGCAUGGAGGGCAGCAUGAUACCUCUGACGACGCGCGAGACAAGGAUAUCAAGGACGGAACAGCUCAGUGCCAAACAUCAACUGUAGUCACCAAUCUCAUCGAAACCUAUGCCGAAUGUUCCGUAACUUCCAAUGACACAAUCGUGGCAACAGUCUUCUCGACGUCUGGCUCAAAUGUGACAGCGAGCACCUCACCUCCAUCCCAGUCAUCUGGACUGGCGAUCAUACUCCCCACUGUUGGCUUUGCGGUCAUCAUCGCUUUCAUUUGGUUGAUCCGGUCUUCCAUAGCACCGUACGUCCCCAGCAGUCUCCAUCACGGCUGGGAAAUGCUACAAAACAGGCGUCGUGAUGUUUGGCAGAGAUUCUGGAACUACUUGGGUAGAAAAUACGCGGACUUCUCUGUGAUAUACAUGGAUCAUCUUACGAGCCCGGUUAUGCUUUACCUCGUACGUGGUCUAAAAGGACAUCUGCGACGUUCUUGGGCAUGCUAAAGAUGGUACGCAGCAUGCCACGAAGUCAGGGGAAAUUUUGUCGGUUGACCCGAGGAUGAAACAAGGAUCCAUACGCUGAAACUGAAAGAGGUACCCAC